ACUCGGAUACGGACACGGGAUACGACACGGACACGGACACGAGGACACCGCUAAUAUAGAAAACAUAGGACACGGACACGGCUAUAUAUAUUUCAUAUAUUCAUAUAAUAAUGCAAUGCAUGAGCACAAUUUAUAGAGUUUGAAACGAGAAGUAAAAUUUAUAUAUAUUUAAACUUAGUACUUUCAAUUAACAAAAAAAAGACAUAAAUCCACAAAAACAAAAUAAUACAAAUCAUAUCAUAGUCCCUCUAUACUGAUAAAACCGGUCUCUAAACUGUGGAAUAAGAAAAAAAUAAGGAAUCCUGAAUAAGAAAAAAAUAAGGAAUCCUAAUUGUGUUAUUUUUAUAGUGGAGAAGUGAAAUAUGAAAGGUAAGAAAAUCUUAUUAUUUUUAUAAAUCAAAAUCUAAUAAUUAUUGAGUUGAGCCUCUUUUUUUUUUUUAAAUCUAAAUUUUUUUGAGUUAGGUGUGUCCUUUAUUUGAAACAAGGUGUCGUAUCCGUGUCCGCUGCAAUUAAAUUAUUUUUUUUGUUGGACACUGCAAAAACGUGUCAGAUACGUGUCGUACGCGUGUCGUACGAGUAUCCGUGUCCGAUACGUGUCCGACGCGGCGACACGCCUUCUGGAUGGCGUGUCGGCGCUUCAUAGCUGUCUUCUUAUGCCAUAUACCAAGCUUUCCAUGUGAGUAACUUUGAAUGUGAAUAGAAACGCAACAACACAAGGAAGAAGCUGCAGCUACUGCAUAAAAGUUAUGGCAUCCGCUUUGCGAACUUCUUCAAUUGCAACCUUGUCUUCAAUACAUCACUCUUGCCCUUCCACUCAUUCUCUCUCCCUAACCAAAGGGCAAGUAUAUGUGAAUAAGUUUUGGGGUGGAAUUGGAUUUCAUGAAGUUAAAGGAAAGUCUCAGUUUUCAGUUCUGAGUGUUGCCACUGAAAUUAACUCUCCUCAACAGCAUAAUCAGAUUCAGAGGAUUGUUUCUAAAGAAAGCCAAAGGCCGGUGUACCCGUUUUCUGCAAUAGUUGGACAGGAUGAGAUGAAGCUUUGUCUCCUGCUAAAUGUGAUUGAUCCAAAGAUCGGAGGUGUAAUGAUCAUGGGCGAUAGGGGAACCGGGAAAUCUACAACUGUUAGGUCAUUAGUCGAUUUGCUUCCUGAAAUCAAGGUUGUUGCUGGCGAUCCAUAUAAUUCAGAUCCAGAAGAUCCAGAAUUCAUGAGUAUUGAAGUAAGAGAGCGUGUGUUGAAAGGAGAACAGCUUGAAGUUGUGUUUGCCAAAAUUAACAUGGUGGAUUUACCGUUGGGAGCUACAGAAGACCGAGUUUGUGGGACGAUUGAUAUUGAAAAAGCACUGACGGAGGGUGUGAAGGCGUUUGAGCCUGGUUUACUGGCGAAAGCUAAUAGGGGAAUUCUGUAUGUAGAUGAAGUUAAUCUCUUGGAUGAUCACUUAGUUGAUGUCUUAUUGGAUUCUGCUGCAUCGGGUUGGAACACGGUGGAGAGAGAAGGUAUUUCAAUCGCGCAUCCUGCUCGGUUCAUUCUUAUUGGUUCGGGAAAUCCUGAAGAAGGGGAACUCAGGCCACAGCUGUUGGAUAGGUUUGGAAUGCAUGCUCAAGUGGGGACUGUGAGGGAGGCUGAGCUAAGAGUGAAGAUUGUGGAGGAGAGAGUGCGUUUUGAUAAAAAUCCGAAUGAGUUUCGAGAUUCUUACAAAGCUGAGCAGGAAAAGCUCGAGCAACAAAUUACCUCCGCAAGGAGUUUUCUUGCUUCUGUUGAAAUAGACCAUGAACUCAAGGUGAAAAUCUCUCAGGUUUGUGCAGAUUUGAAUGUGGAUGGAUUAAGAGGAGAUAUUGUAACGAAUAGAGCUGCAAAAGCUCUUUCUGCCCUCAAGGGAAGAGAUAGAGUAAGUGCAGAGGAUAUCGCUAUUGUCAUUCCUAACUGCUUGAGACACCGUCUUCGAAAGGAUCCGUUGGAGUCUAUAGACUCGGGUUUACUUGUCAUUGAGAAAUUUUAUGAGGUAUUCAGCUGAACAUGGAAUGAAAAUGUUAACAUAUCAUGGUUUACAUUUUUCCUUUUUUCUGUGGGAAUUUCACUGUCCUUGAAUAUGAGCAAGAUUAUGAAAUUCCAAGCCUGGUUCUGUCUCUAGUUUCUUCGAUAUGAUUAGUCUUCCAGUGUAAGAUAGAUUAUUUAAACCAAAAUGAAGAUUAAUGAGGAAAAACAUGAGCUUGAGAGGCCUCAAAAUGAAGAUUAAUCAACAAUGAACAGCUUUUUGGAAACUUGGUCCCUUCAUUAGCUUUGUAAAGAGAGUUUGUAUUUUUUUUUUUAAAGGUUGAUAUGUAAGUAUUUGGAAUGAAAUGAUUUUUACACGCAUUUAAGCUUCACUAUUAAGUAAGAGGCCAAGUAUUUUUGCAUUUUCAAUAUAUGAUUCCCACCUGAAAUAAUUGUCUGACAAGAUAUUCAUGCAUAUAAGCUUACAUUCAUUUGCCCAUGUCAUUCUAACUUUCACCAACUACUGUCGAAUCACGCAUAACUUUCACCAACUACUGACGUAUUGCGUCUCAUGAUUGAGUCUAACUCAUUCCUACAAAACUCUUAUCCCUACAAAACCGGCAUAUAAGUUGAGGAUUACCUCCACUUAUAAAUACAACACAGACCAAGUUAGAUGACUAGGCGGACCGCAAUGAAGGCAAAAAUUCCAAAACACCCCUCACACUCGGUCCUAAAUGAGGCCGAAGCGUGAAUGAUGCGGGAAGCCUAACAAGUGGUCUUGGAUAGCCUCUCAUGCCAUGCCAAGAUACCAUGUUAAAUCUAAAUAUUAUUUGUGAUAAUGAAUAUACAAACAUUAAUCUCGUUUUUUUGUCUAUUAGUUUAG